AUGAGUUAUGGAAGACAACCAAACUCAAUGCACCCAAAUCCUAACCUAUCUGGUUUGACGCUAAAUCUAUCUCAGGCGUCGAUACCAACUGGACCCACUCUUCUUCCACAAUUUACUCCUCAUAGAACUGAAGAAUUAUCGUCUUUCGUUGGAGAAAAUCCAGUAAACUCAAAAGGGUUUAUACCAGAAAAUGAAGAAAAAUUUCUCGACCCUAAAUCAAAUCUUUCAGAAAAUGUUCAUACCUUAGAUGUACCAUCACCUCCAACUUUUUCCUCUAAACCAAUUGCUUCUACAACAGUCAAAUCGAACCAGCGACCUCGUUAUGUUUUACCUCCAGAUAUUAAUACUUUUGUAUCGAACACUUCAACCAGCCUGAAAGAGAAACCUUCCAAUUCAUUCAAACCAUCUACUACAACUUUUGACGCGAAUCAACUAUUUCCCCCAUUACUACCACCAAGUAAUGCACAACAUGAUGAUGUACAAACUGCUCAACUCCCUGUGCUUAUGGAAACAACAGAUCGACAAACACAAUAUACCAAUCAAAAUGUUGGUCCACCUUCAAUGUCAUCCUCUUCCGUAUCGAUGAAGACUACUUAUCAUCCAGUCGCAGCCUAUUGGUUCUAUUCUACAACUUUUGGAAAUGUAUCCGUUUGGUGGCCAUUUUCACGUCAUGAUUCUUAUCAGAUUGAAACCAAGUUCUUGCGAUCAUGUUAUUCAGAGACUACAUCAGAAAAUUUAACCAGUUCAUCCAUUAUCCAUACGUCUUCAUCAGUGGAUAUGAAAGCAACAAUUGAAACGCAUGAAAUUAUUGUUCAAGUUGAUGGAGGUCGUUAUGAUGUUCAUUUGAAGAAAAGAGAACGUCGUUCAGUUUAUUGGGAUGAAUCACCAGGUGAAGUUAGACGAGCCACAUGGUUUUAUAAACCACAAGGUGAAUCACGUGUGUUGCCGUUUUCGGAAAGAAUAUGUGAUUUAUUGGAAGCUCAAUAUAAAUUAAGCGUAGAACAAGGUCAAUGGGGUAGACGUUUUGAUUUACCAUCAGAGGAUAGACGUGGCGGUAGUGAUGUGUUUAUUUUUAAUAGUCCACAAUCUAUGAUUCAAUAUCUUGCAUGGCCGUAUGAUUUAUCUUCAACAAUUAAUUCAGAAAAUGUUGUCGCUGGUACAUCAUCCCCGUUGAUUCAAUUAGAUUCAAGUCAAUUAUCACAUGAAAUGUCUUUAACUGGUCAAUUCUAUGAAGGACGUGUAUGUUAUUUACAUCGUGGCCUCGAUGACCAGUUAAUGGAACAAAUCGAUGAAGGUGAUCAUCAACCAAUUGAUCAAUUAUUUUUCAUUGUUCAUGGUAUCGGUUCAAUGUAUAAUUUAAAAGGACAAGGUUUAAUUGAAUGUGCAAAUGAUAUGAGACGUACAGCGAAACAGCUGCAUCAAACUCACUUCGCACAUCAUCCUAAUCGUGUAGAAUUUUUACCAAUUCUAUGGCAUGAUGAAUUACAUUCGAAUACAGUUACUGGUUUAAGUAAACAAUUGGAACAAAUCACACUUGGCAGUAUACCGAAAUUAAGACAAUUCACUAAUGAUUCAUUAAUGGAUAUAUUAUUUUAUACAACAAGUUCAAAAUAUUCACAAUUAAUUAUGAAUACAGUAGUGAGAGAAAUGAAAAGAUUACGUGAAUUAUUUCUGUUGCGUAAUCCAAAUUUCAAUGGUAAUAUCUCUAUUAUUGGUCAUAGUUUAGGUGCUGUCAUAUCGUUUGAUUUAUUAUGUCAUCAAACUGCUUAUACUACCACUACUACUAAAGUUGAACAUUCUCCAGAAACAUUGUCAUCUGCAAUCAAUGAUAGUAAUCACAAUACUGCAAAUGCUUAUCCUAUUACUGAUACAAAUUCACAAUUGACACUAAUCAAUCCUAUAGAUUCUGUUAAUAAUGAAUUGACAGAGGAUGCUCAUGGUGUUGGUGUGAUAAGUUGUUCCAAAGGGGCAGUAACAAGUACUCUAGCUGUUCCUGCUACUACUACUAUAACGAUUGGUACAAGUGGGAGUGGGAGUAGUAGUAGCAGUUGUACUAAUGAUUCCGCUGGGUCAACAAUCCUAACUACUACCACUACUACUACUAAUACUAUGCAUACAAAUAAUGCUUUGCAUCUAUCCUCCUCGUUAUCAUCCUCAUCGAAUAAUAAUUCAUCGUCAUCAUUGUCCAUCAUCACUGCAUCAUUAUUGAAAGAUUCUUCUAUUCAUGAUAACAAUUGUCUAUUAUCAGAUAACGGACAAACUGAUGAAUGGACUAUUGUUGACAAUUAUCAUCCCGAUCGUCAACAUCAUCAACCACAUCAUCAGCGUCACCAUCGUGAUCGUCAUCGUCAUCAUUCGAAAUCCACAUUGAACAACAGCAGCAACAAUCAUAUUCAAGAACUUGAACAAAUCUUAUUACAACAUAAUAUCACUCAUCCCGAACAUCAAAUCCAAAGUAUCAUCGAAUCGAUUAUGAAAUGGACAAACGGACAAUUGCAACCAUCUACGGAGAAGUCAUCAUCGUCACUAAAAGCAACGGAUUAUCCUCAAUUAGGUUUUACCAUUUCUGCAUUAUAUACACUUGGUUCACCGAUACCAUUAUUUUUAACAGCACGUGGUAUACAAGCAUUGAGUAGAGAAUUUCAUUUACCAACAUGUUCAGCAUUUUAUAAUCUAUUUCAUCCAUUCGAUCCAGUUGCAUAUCGUAUGGAAACAUUGAUUGAUGCAGAAUUUCAGGAAAAAUCUGUUCUCAUUCCACAUUAUAAAGGACGUAAACGUAUACAUUUACAAUUAAAAGAUAAUUUAGCAUGGGUUGGUUCUGAAUUAAAAAAUAAAUUCUAUAAUUCCGUACAAUCAACAUGGCGUAGUCUACAUGAAUUUGCAUUGGCUCAUAAAUUUAUACAUACGUCAAAUGAAGAAGAAUUAGAUAUGCCAUCAGAAGAGAAUGAUUAUCAUCAACUAACUGAUAAUCGUAAUGAUGUUGUCACUACAACUUAUCGUGAUUUAAUAACACAUGAUUUAUCAUUCAAUAGUCAAUUGAAUCAAGGUCGACGUAUAGAUUAUGUUUUACAGGAAGCUCCAUUGGAAAGUUUCAAUGAAUAUUUGUUUGCACUAACAAGUCAUGCAACUUAUUGGGAUUCUAUUGAUACUGUACUAUUUAUAUUAACUGAAGCUUACGCUGAACAAGGUAUCAUCCCGCUAAUGCCUAAUCAAAAGAAUCAAUUACCUCAAAGUAGUAGUACAAUUCAUGUCAGAGCAUUAUCACCUCCAUUGAUAUCGUCGACUUCUAGUUCUAUUAGGAUUGCGCCUCAUUCAAUGCCGAAUCCAACAUCUUCAGCAUCAUCAUCAUCUUCGAUACCGGUGGAUUUAUUUGUCAAUGUAAAUAGUCCUCCUCAUCAUCAUCAUCAUCAAGUAUCGGGAUUUCAACAUUUGAAUCAUUCAGUUUCUUCUUCAUAUUCCACUAAUUCAAACCAAUCAUAUCCUCCUGUUAUGACGACUAUGAUUAGUAGUAGUAGUAGUAGUAAUGUUCCGUCUGCUUCUUCUGGAAUGGUUAAUAUUCCUCCAACAAGUUUAUCAUAUAUGACACCUCCAUCAGUCAUUGCCCCUCCUCCUACUACUACUAAUACUACUACUACUACUACCAGUAAUAUUCCCUAUAUGCAAUAUAUGACUACUGAUCCUUAUUACCAAACAUCAGUUAGUAGUCAGUACUAUUCUGCUGCAUGUCUACCGCCAACACCAAUAUCUUAUCACUCCUCGGACAGUUCAACUCAACAAUAUUUUACUCCACAAAUCUCGACUUCUAUGUCACAAGGCGGUGGUGGUGGUCGUGGUGAAUUUUCAAAUAUUGGUAGUGGUAAUCUUAUACAACCACAGCAACACCUGCAACAACACCAACAACCCUAUUCAACCAUACCAACUUAUGUUCAUCGUAAACCAACUUCUCUCGCCAAUCCAACGACUAGUGUUUAUUCACCACCUUCUAUCGUACCAUAUCAUCCAACAAUGCCGAUAACCACCACCACCACUCUACCGCCAAUAUCAAAUAUUCCUCCUGUUUAUCAAUAUCAUCCAAUACCUCCUGUGUCAUCUCCAAUUAUUCCUGAUCUAUUGUGUACUUCUUCUUCUUCUUCUUCAUCUGUUGGCGCUGUUGUGGCUGCGAAUACAUUUACUUCAACAUCAUUGUCUGUAAUGCAGCCGCCACUGCGGCCGCCGUUGACGUCACCAGUAGUAUCUCAAUAAACACAGUAAAUCAUGGUUGUGGUUGUGGUGGACAGUGUUUGUUUGUUUGUUUUUGUGUGUGUACGAGAACGGUGGUGGAGGGCGCCUGGUUCAUCCUCUUUUAUAUUACUUACUUACUUACUUACUUACGCCUGUUACCCCCAAUGGAGCAUAGACCGCCGACCAGUUUUCUUCAACCAACUCUGUCUGUCCUGGGCUUCCCUUUCUAGUUCUGUCCAAUGUUUGUUCAUUCCUCUCAUAUCUUUCUCUUCAUUUCUCGACGUAAUGUGUUCCUUGGCGUUACUCUUUUCCUUUUGCUCUUCGUAGUGUAUGUCCUAUUCACCAAUUCCACCGCAUCCUUCUGAUUUCCUCCUCCACUGAAGGAAUCUGGUUUGUUCUUCUCUCCCACAGUGUCGGUUGUUGCUAAUGGUGUGUCUGUCCGAAGUAUUUUUGCGUAGACAACUGUUGUUAAUAAACACUUAUAUCUUAUAGUUUUCUUUUAUAUAGAUAUCUUUAUACACAUGUGUGAGUUAAAUCAUGAGUAUUGAUUGGAAAUUCUCCUUUUGUCCUAUUUUAAUCGUAUUCAGUUUAUUUCUUACUCUCUCUCUCUCUAUUCAUCAGACUAUAUAUAUAUAUAUUUAUAAAGCUGUGAUUCAAAUACUUGUUUGUCUAAUUUCUUCGACUUAUUUUUUGGCAUUCACGCAUGAAUUUAUUUUUGUUUCAGGAGCAAAUAAAAAAAAACAACAUAAUAAUUUGGACAAUUGGUAAUUUUUUUUUGUAAAUUUGUAAAAUUCUAAGAUGAAGAAGACGUAAAAGAGAAUAUAAUGACGUAC